UCUGCAGUCAAGCCAGCCAACACUCGGAUCUCCGUGGUCAAAUCAGCAGACACUAAAAGACCAGCAGAUUUUGUGAGCUCAGGGAAAAAAACAAAAGCUGGAUGGUGAGGGGAAUCAAGUGAUGACGAAGAACAGGAACAUGUGAAAGUGUGAGAGUUCAGACGGUGCUGGAAACUUUCAUCAGAGGAUUUGUGAAGCUAAGGAGGAAGGCAGGACGUAGAUAAAAGACAACCACUCCAACUCACUGUCUCUGAUCAUUCAUUCGUCAGCCAUAACAGAAGGUUGAAUAAUGGACCUGCCUCUGACCCUACAUGUGCUCCUACUUCUCUGUUUUCUCGACACUGCUGCUUGGGCAUGUCCGGAUGGGUGCAAAUGUCUAGGAACCAAAAUCGUCUGCAGUGGCCUCUCUGAUUUCCCCACAACUGUACCCUCUUCUACCAAUGCCAUCUACUUCUCCAAUUGCAGUAUCAACUUCCUGAAACCAGAAGACCUGACUGAUUUUUCUAUGGCCCUUAGCUCAUUUCUUAUUAAAGACACUGUUUUGAGGGAAGUGCGCCCUGGUACAUUUGAUAGUACUCCAAACCUAGUUACCCUAAUCUUUAGUACUACCGAACUGAAUGAUCUCCCUGAGGCCUUGUUCCAAAAUCUUCAGAAGCUCGAGAGUCUGAAUCUGAAGAGCAACAAGCUCUCUGUACUCCGGCCUAACUGGUUUUCCACAUUGACAGAGUUAAAAUUCCUUGACCUCAGUAAGAACCUUUACACAUAUGUACCUGUGGAAACAUUUCAUCCUCUUAUUGAGCUUCAGUUCCUUUCGCUUUCUGGAAACAUUAUCAGUCAAUUACAGAGAGAGACUUUCAAGGGUCUUUCUAAGCUCAAAACCUUAAGGCUUAACAAAAACUUGCUACAGGAACUCCCACUUGGCAGUUUGGAUGACCUUAAAAAUCUGGAGGAACUAUCGCUACAUGACAAUCUAAUUACUCAUUUCCACCAUGACCUGUUCUCCAAGACUUUGAAUCUACGGAAACUGUUCCUCUCCCACAACAGGCUCACAUCUCUUCCACAAGGGAUCUUCUUAAACUUGCCUCUCCUUUCCCAGAUCUCCCUGUAUGAAAAUCAACUAGAGAGUCUGGGACCAGGAGUGUUUGGGCCCAUGGCCCUAAAGGAGUUGUGGCUGUAUGACAACAAGCUGAGCCGUUUGGAAGAUGACACAUUCAGGAACUUGACUCAGUUGCAUCUCCUCGUAAUCAGUCGCAACCAGAUCAGCUCUGUUUCCAAAAGGGCCUUUGAAGGGUUGGAGAAGCUGGAAGAGGUAUCCCUUCACACCAAUCUUCUCACAACCCUGCAAGCUGGGACUUUCCAAGGUCUGCCCAAUCUGGUAAAUAUUUCCUUGGAGCACAACAACAUCAGCUCCCUCCCUUUGGGUUUUCUCCAGGGCCUGAGCAGCCUGGGACAGAUAGACCUCCGAAAUAACUCCCUUCCCAACCUGCCACAGGAAAGUCUAAAUGCCCUUACGGCAGCAAAUGAAGUUCUCCUGCAGCAGAACCCAUGGAGGUGUGACAAAAAUAUUUUGCCACUGAGAGACUGGAUGUUACAGCACCCAUCUAAGGCCAACCAAACUCUUGUGGUCUGUGAAACACCUUUCAGUCGGAACGGUGAGGUAAUUGCUCUGCUGGCAGAUGAGGACUUCCGGCCUUUCAGCUCAACAGAGCAGCCUGUGUUGACCUCAACAGAGAAGAGGAGGAAACCCCACACUCCACCAAUUAGUCAAGGCACUUCCUCACCUGCCGUCAAGACUACCCCCACCUCAGAGCACGCAGAGGUCACAAGCAGUGGACAAGGGGAGAAGGAAACAGUUUUAAAUGAUACUUCGGUCAUUCUCAUUGUCAUCGCAGUAGUGACCACCGUCAUCAUCAGCACUGUGAUCAUCAGCUGUUUGUGCUGGAAGCAAAACAAGAGAGGCAGGGGAAAUAUAGCCGGCAGAAAUAAGAACUCUGUGCUGUAGAUUAGACCAACCAAUAUUCGCAACCCAAGACCUUCUAAAGCCAAGGGGAAAUGCUCUGAUUACUGUGGUUUACUUGGAAAAUGUGCAACCCAGAGUGAAUUUAAGAGCCUAAAAGACACCAGAAAGAACCACUUCAGCUCCACUCAGAUGUACCAGCUAGAACAGACAAGUUAACUUUGAAAUUCGUUAGCUUUUAAUUUUUGAUGAUUAAAAUUACCAGCCAGUAUUCCUCUUCACUUGUGCUGUAAAAACCGACAUUGUAUGUACUAAUGGUAAAAUCACCCACAAUGCCAUCUUGUGGACAAACUGGACAUUUUGGUGAAUGUUAGUUCAGAUGCACUGUGACUUCUUCUAGAAAUAAGACUUCAAUUCAGUAUUGUCGUUCAAACUUUCUUCCAGUAUUAAUAAUUGCAGUUUGACAAUUGAUUUUGUGCAAACAACAAUACAUUGAGACGAUAGUUACUUUCUUUUGCAAAAUGGUAUCUUUGAAAAAUGAAAUCAUGUCAUUUGGACCCCACUGUAACACAAUUCAUCCUAUAGUUUACACACUUGCAAUGCCAAAUCCUACUAUACAAUGAAUAAAUGCACUAUUUUAGUGGGAGAAAUUGUA